UUUCGCUUAUAUGACGAGAAUCUGAUACUGCCCAGUCAUUUUCUCUUUCAAGUUCAUCAACAACUUAGAGAAAAUCAUAGUGGGGCCGAUAAUAAGAUCUCAGAACGGCGUCCAGUCAUGGAACAUGUUUCAGAAUACCGUCGUUUUCUAGAGGCAAGGGAGGCGACAUGUCGCAAGAUUUCGGAAUCAUCUUUACCCCUGAAGAAUGAAAAUAGCAGUGAGGAGUUCCUCAAUAUCUAUGAAAGUUAUCUGUGGCGACCAAAUGGUCUCGAGGGUCCAGUCUACAGUAAUAAGCUUCCAGAAGUGGAAAAGAAGUUAUUAAAUGAGGUCCAUUUACCCCAAAUUCUUCCUCUUAGUAAUGGUCGAAAUCUACUUUUCUUGCGUAAGCUCAUGCUGAUUUCCAAAUAA